AUGCACCUUCCUUCAGACCGCGAGGCUCUACUAGUCAGUCUCAAAGACCGCAUGGCUGAAUCUGUGCAGAUUAACUUCGAUUUCACACACCAAAUCAGUUACAUAGCCAGCCCUCUGACAGUUUGGCGUUUAAACGCCUGCACAGCCGUCUGGGCAGGCAACAACGAGUUGGUAAACGCACACAAGGUCACGCCUCUCCCGCUGGACGAGGCGGAGGCGGGUAGACGACCAGGCCGAGAAGAUGAAGCAGAGGGCACGGCUCGAAAGGGAGGGACAACUAGCACAGCAGAAGCGGCAGCGGCGGCAGCAGAAGAGGAGGCAGAAGAGGCGCGGCGAGAAGCGGAUGCUGCAGAGCGGGCAAGACUGGAAGCGGAGAUGUAUGUGGAGGGACAAUUGGAUCCGGAGGAGAUCGCAUCCGCAGAGCGACCGCCACUUAAAGAGUGGACAAAAUAUGUCUACACGGCCGGAGAGGGAGCCGAACAAAGGGUGAUUUGCUACGUUCGUGCUCCGCCAGAUUGCAUAGUAAGCCAAGACAGACUGAUUUGCAGCUAUGCCAGCACAUUAGCUCAGUGGCCUGAUCUGCCCGGUAAUGCCGAGGUUAUUGGCAACUUCGUUUGCAUCCGUCCGAGACAUCCCAAACUUAUCUGCAUUUUGCCAAACGAGCCCUGGAUUGUGGGAAUUCCACACAAAUAUGGCAAGAAUCCCACCAGAGAAGUGGUUGUUUUCACCAUGGAGGCCGGAGAAUCGGGCCCGGAGAAGCCCAGAUUCCAGAAAAUUUUUGAAACUAAUGUAGGUUCCAAACAUACUACUUAUAUGCUCAGUUUCUUGCUCUUAUUUUGA